AUGUUCACAGCACCUUCGGACAAGAUCAAGCUCUCGGUCACUGAUACCCCUGGCUACACGCACGCUGAAGGUCUCACAGAAGAUAGUGCUUCGCUAGCAUCUGAGUUGCUGACCAUCAAUCAUAAUCUCUACCACACACGAUGGAAUGCUGGAUUCCAUAACCACAUCACACAUCACUUGCUUGCAAUGUUCUCGAUCGGGGCAUCACCUACGGAGCUCAAAGACAUGUGGGAUUACAACGAGCCUUAUCAAGCGCCCAUCGAUCGCGAUCAUCAGGACGUUCCAGACGAUCUCGAUUUGCAAGAUGCGGCUGUCUUUAAACAGUGUCUCGGAAAGGAUAUCCAUUACCUUGACUUUCUGAAAUAUUUCGAGGCAGAAAUUAAGAAGAAGGGAUCAGAAGCAGUUGUAAGGGAAUACGUGCUGAAAGGCGACGACCGCGCAGACGACAUUUUCUGCAGACUAUACACAGAUCUCGUUCAUCCUAUGAUUCAUCUUGGUUGCGCAAUGGAAUGGCAACAACCAAGUCUCGUUGCAGAGUCGCUCGCAGCAGCUUGCGUGCACGAGAAUUGGCCCAAGGAAUUCCUCCUCACCACAGAGGAUUACCUGUCCAGAAACGUCAGCUCGGAAUCGCAGUCUCUUUUACAAAUUACGAAAUCAAUGCAAUCUGAUCCUACUAUUGCGAAUGCUGUCAAAGACGACGACCCCUUCAACAAGAUUGCGGAUGGCCUCAUGAAGCGAGUGAACGGCGAGCAGUUUGCUCGUCAUCUCAGUCAAUUCAAAGUCGAGCCGACAGAGGAAGACAUCCAGCGCAAGCUGAGCGAGAUGAUGCACACUGGCGCAUACAUAAUGGGCGCCGCCCAGCGUCCAGGCAAGUGGGAGAAAAUUGACUUUGUUCUCCUGCAUAAUGUCACACUUGCGGGCUACUAUCCUGGUAUCAUUGGCCAGGACUGGCUAACGCUGGAAGAGAAGGCGCGGCUCCUUGAAGCUAAGGGAAGGGUAGACGCCGUGAUGUACGCCGCAUGCGGAUGUCCCGACCUGUACCCCGAGCGAAUAAUUACCUACUCGCCCAAGAACCCGACAGAUGGCUGGCCGGAGCUGUUUCAUCGCGCAGUGGUAUAUCGCGAUGAAGGUCAUGCCGUCAAAUUGAUAAGAGCACUCUUUAGUCUGCAGCAACAUUUCCCUGAACUUUGCUGUGACUUGCCAAUCGCCAAGCACGACUUUAUCAAGAUCGCACACAUGGCGAUAGAUUCGAUCGAGAGGUCCAUGGAGCCUGGAGGAACCAAGAUGCCAAAAGAGGUGGCAGACAAUAUGGCAGAACAUAUUGGUCAUGGAGGCGAGUUUGUGGUGGCGAAUGCCACUCGCUGGGUAUUCUACGACGGACUUCCUAAAGCAUGGGAUAACGUGCCUGAAUUGGCAGAGGAUAGCAAACCUGCUAAAUUGUACUACAGUGCUCGCGACUGA